AUGCCUGUUAGCAGGAACAAGAUGAUUUUACUAUUUGGAAUAAUUUGUUUGAAACAAGGAAAAUAUGCAACUCUCUCUCUCUCCAAAGCUCCCACUUGCGGACAAAGUUUGGUUAAGCCACACUCUUGGAAUUAUUUGAACAUUUUCAGUCGUAUUGUUGAUGGAAAGCAAGUGGAAAAGGGUUCCUAUCCUUGGCAGGUAUCUCUGAAACGAAAGCAGAAGCAUAUCUGUGGUGGAACCAUCAUCUCUCCAGAAUGGGUGAUCACAGCUGCUCACUGUGUAGCAAACAGAAAUACUGCUUCAAGUUUGAAUGUUACUGCUGGAGAACAUGAUUUGAGCCAGAAAGAACCAGAAGAACAAACCCUCACUAUUGAAACCAUCAUUAUACACCCAUAUUUCACCCUAAAGAAACCAAUGGACUACGAUAUUGCCCUUUUGAAGAUGGCUGGGACCUUCCAUUUUGGCCAAUUCGUGGGACCCAUAUGUCUUCCAGAGCAAGGAGAACAAUUUAAAGCUGGUUUUACUUGUACAACUGCAGGCUGGGGUCGCUUGACGGAAGAUGGCCUCCUCCCUCAAGUCCUGCAGGAAGUGAAGCUGCCAAUUUUGACUCAAAAGGAGUGUGCAGCAGCUCUGUUAACAUUAAAGAAGCCUAUUCGGUGGGGGACCUUUCUCUGCACAGGUUUCCCUGAUGGAGGAAAAGAUGCCUGUCAGGGAGAUUCAGGAGGUGCCCUCAUGUGCCGGAAUGAAAAAGGAACCUGGACUCAAGCCGGUGUAACUUCCUGGGGCUUGGGCUGUGGUCGAGGAUGGAGAAACAAUAUGGAGAAAAUAAAUCGUGGAUCCCCUGGUAUCUUCACAGACCUUCGUAAAGUGCUUCCCUGGAUACACAAACACAUCCAAAUAGGCAACAAAGCCAACAUACCAGAUCUCUAUUCAUCUGUUUGAAUUGGCUUCAACUCUAUAAAGUUGAAAUUCAUCUCUGAUAGCACAGACUAUGCUACUGGAUUUAAAUUCACUUAUAAAACUCUUAAAACAAACUAUUUUCCUGGCAAAAAUUAUUUCUUUUCACCACAUACCAGCCAAGCCUUUUGUAAAACUUCAGGUACUAUGAGAUUUGCUUCAUACAGUCUUCACUAUCCUGCAAACUACAGUAACAUGGCUAACGGUAACUGGAUCUUUCAAGCCCCAGAAUACAAUGUUGAAUCUUUUCUGCUUUCAUUUCAGAGUCUAGAAAUCUAAGGAAAUGGAGACUGCACUUCAGACUGUGUGCCAGUGUACCAGGAUGUGGAGAGGAAGAAUGGCAUAGGAUUUUAUCCCUGGGCAGCCCCACAUCCUAUGGUUCCAGCUUGA